GCGUCGGAAUUGUACGUUGGUUGGGUAAAUCAUUGGAUAAAUGUAGGUGAAAUCGCGAUAUAUAAAAUAGUUGUUAGGGACAGUAGUUGUUCGUUUUACAGUAGGGAAAUAAAUAAACAAUGAACGAGGCCUUUUCCAAUUAACUUUUAUUAAUUUUUUAAUCGGGGAUAGUUUUCGUGUAUUAGUUUAAAUGGUAGGUAUAACUUUUAUAUUUUACCACUUAACUAAUGAACAAGCUGCGUAAAUUUGAUGAUGAAGAAUAUACCGAUGAAAAAGCGCGGCAAUGAAUUUAAGCUCUUGUACAAAUUGGCUGUGUAUGAAAAACAAUUCCAAAGAAGUCGCAAGUCCACCAACAGACUUUUCGCCUCCGGUUCUAACAACGGGGCCAGGUCCGAGUCCUGGAAGUUCAAGUUCUUGUGAUGAUGUUUUGCCGCCGUCGAAAAAUUGUUUCAGAUUAGUCAUGCUAGGAUCGGCUAAGGUGGGCAAGACUUGCCUUGUCCAAAGAUUUCUGGGUGGGAAGUUUCAAGAUAACUACACCCCUACAAUCGAGGACUUUCACAGAAAAUUGUAUAGAAUACGCGGGGAGAUAUUUCAACUAGACAUACUGGACACUUCAGGAAACCAUCCCUUUCCCGCUAUGAGAAGGCUGUCAUUUCUGACCGGUGAGUUGAUUGUUGUACAGGAAAAAUUAGUUUAA